AUGGUUACAACACGAGGAAAGGCUGCAGGCACUCGGUCAAAGGUCCAGCCUCUACCGGCUAAGCCUUCCAAGGCCGAAAAGGCCGCCAAAGCCGCCAAAAUAAAGGCUGAGAAGGAGGGAAAGAAGGCCGAGAGGGCAGCAGCGAAGGCUCUAAAUGAUGCGAAGAAAGCUGCAGCGAAGGCCGAGAAGGACGCAACUAAGGCUGCGGCCAAGGCUGCUAAGGCUACCAAUGCCAAAAGCACCACAAAGGGCACGAAGCGCACAGCUGCUGCGAAGACAAAAACCGCCAAAACUGCCAAAACCACCAAAAUCACCAAGACUACCAAAACCACCAAGAAGGCGAAGGCCACAAGGAGCAGAAUUAGCGCAGCUACCGUGAAGGCUUCAACAAAUCAAUAUGACGGAGACGAAGAAGAACACUAUAAACCGCAGGCCAAAAGGCGGAAGAUUGAGUCUCCGGCUCCUCCCAAUCUUCAAGUGGAAAUGGGCCCGCCCAAAGCAAAGCGUCCGGCUUUAAUAAUCGGGGAAUGGGAGUACAUCAGGAAAACCUUUGUUCCAGAAGGUAUGGAGAACGAAGGUAACAGACCUCUACCACACAUAUAUAUUGGAGGCGCUGCACCGCAGCCUCGUUGGGUGGUCACUCAAACCCAAAGUAUAAGACGACUUGCCUCAAAUGCCACAUCCAGGAGGCCUGAUGGCACGAGGGACUUCGGCGGUCUACAAUGGGCCUUUGAAGAAGGCAACUUCAACAAAUGGACCGGGCUAGAAUACCCAGCUCUUUACGAACUUGCGUACAAGUGCCUCGAAUAUACGCUCAUCGAUACAGAGGUUCGGGAGCAGAUCUAUGAAUCCCUUGCCCAGGGUCCCUUGCCCAAGUCUGUGACCAUUGGGGACAAAUGGUACCCAGCUCUGCCGCCAGUGCCUAUCACACGGCACUUUGGAGGAACCUCCGAGCAAACUAGUCCAAAGUCAAGUGAUGCGGCCUUUUACUUCCGCAACUACGAGCGUCCAAACAUGGCAGUCCAAGUGUGUGAUAAUCACAUGGUGAAACCGUAUCCGCAUUCCAUGGCUGCCCACAUCUAUAAUCAAGCGACAUCGGAGACAUGGCCCACUGCCCCACGGUCUGCAAGUCCGGACGCAGAAAGCGAACGGGGCGACGAGCGGGGUGGGGAAGGAAGCCAGUCAAGCGAGUCCAAGAAUUCUUCUAUGUCAGAGGAACCUUACCUGGAACGAAAUCCAGAGGCCACUUACUCGGAACCAACGGCCAGCACAUCUCUUGGAAAUGAGCAGAACAGCAAGCAGGACAUCGAGAAAGGCAGCGAGAAGGACAGCGAAGAGAGUCAGUCAGUCGAUUCCAGGAGGUCGUCUGUGGCCGGGGAGUCUGACCUGGAACUAAAUCCAGAGGGCACUUAUUCGGAACCGACCACCCCUGCGCCCCUUGGAAACGAUGAGAAAAUCGCACAAAUUGAUACAAUCUUGGAAGACGGUUCAAUCUUUGGUGACGGCGAUGACGUUCAGGAUGAGCGCAACUCAGCUCGGGACUCUCGAGAGCAAUCACCUAGUAGCCUUUUCUCUGGGUCCCGCUCCGACAUCGAGGUCAGCGCUUCUGCCAAGACCAGUGAGACUAGCAAAGUCAACGCCGCUGACGAUAAUAGCGCCCAAUCGGCGAAUAGCCUGUCCACAGUAUCCCAUUAUGGGCUCUUCAGCCCUGGACAGAUUGAGAGGUAUUAUAGUAAGAAGCAAAGAAAUUUUGAAAGGUUAGGCGGAAUUGAAUACCACGAAGCCCCAGAACAAAAGCGCCAAGCACAGCCGUCAUCAAAUUCCGAAAGGGAGAUGCUGGAGGCACUGGAAGAUGCACAGGAGGAGGUAGAGAUAAGAGAACUCGAGACAAGAGGGUUUACAGAGUCAAGUAAACGAAUGCGGAUGGAGUCACCAUCAACACCAUCACCACCUGCGACUCGAAGGAAGACAGCAGCAGAGAUUAGGGUGGAUAAAGCUAUGUCGUUCGCACGAGCAGGACAAGGAAAACGGGACGAAAUGCGAGCAGCUGCAGCGGAGAAAAUAUCUGACAGGCCGCCGGUGGCACUGCUGAAGAAGACUACAAGGAAUCAGGCGGGUGCAAGAUCACAGGCGGACGCACCUAGUCCUGAGAUUCCGCCUAAUUUGCAAGAUAGGUUUCUGGAGCAGACCAAGGCAUAUCUCAAGGAUCCAAUUCAGAGGGCGAGACAUUUCCCUGACCCUCUUGCUGUUCGCCGAGUCAGAGUGUGGGCAGGGGAGGAAUUGGUGGGCCAUGGGAUCAAACCCACAGUCGACGCUAUGCUACCCCCUUGGGCUGAAAGGCACCGGCCUUUCAGUCAAUGGCAGGAUCCGAUUGGGCUAGCACCUGCGCCUGCGACACGCACAAAAAUCUCGAGGUCGAAAAAACGGAGCAAGGGGCAAGGUAAGAGAAGGCCAAGACCACCAGCAUCUGCAAAAGAGCAGUCAAUCAGUUCAGCCCGGUGGUCAUCGUUUAGAUAA